AUGUAUUUAACUUCAGGAAAGCAUGAUGUUCCUGAGUCUGGCAAUGCAGACAAUGCUGAAAAUAAUCAUGCUGAUAGUGAUAAUGAUUGUGAUUCCGUAGAUGAUAAUGCUGAUGGAAUAAAUCUACCUACAGAGCAUGGGGAGACUACUACCGCUGAAGCAGAUGUGUGUGACCAGAAUAACACAAUUUUUUAUUUUGCUUUCAAUGUUGGAGCAGAUGGUGUUGUAACUCUUUCAAAUGAAGCUCAAGCUCAAUUAAUACAGAUGCAGGAACCAUUAGGAGUUUUGUUACAAGAAGGCGAGCUAAACCCUCAGUUUGCGUUGGGUAUGCUUGAUGAUUGGCAGCAAACCGUUAAAGGUAAAGAUAUCGAUGCUAUCCCAGUUAGUGUAUCAGAUGUUGCACUUGGAGACCCAAUUGCCAUCCCUUCUCUUUUGCCAGAAAAGAGAAAAAAGAAGUCUGGAGGCGCAAUUGAAUCGAAAAAAAGCACGAGCUUUCUGUCAACUGUUGAACAAACUGUAGGACGCCCCAUUCAAACUUCUGUCUGUGUUGCUCACGCUCCGAAAAGUAAUCAGCCUCCACAACGCCCCACCCAAAUUCCUAUAGAGGUUGCUGAAACUUUGGCAAUUGUUUCCCAAACUUCGACAUAUUUUGCUCAAACCAGGGCAAGUGUUGUCAAAACCACUGCAAAUAUUUCUCAAACCACGUCAAAUGCUCACGUUCAUACAAGUAUUCCUCACGUUACGUCGUGUGUGGAACCGGUUCCAAAAACUGUUGACCAGGAUCCUCCAGGAAGCCUCACCCAAAUUCCCAAAAGUGUUGCCCAGAACCCGCCAAAUGUUUACCAGGAUCUUCAUUUAAUGAGAUCUCCUGUGGUCCUGGUCCAACGCUUAAGUGCUGCUUACCUUUCAGAAACUUUUAACAAGCCUGUAGGAAAUUCUGCCCAAACUCCGGCAAGUGUUUCAAAUGAACGUGAAAUUAGCAAGUCAAAAAGAGGUGAGAAGAAGAAAGCUGUGGAUGAAGAUAACCAAGCGGCAACUCCUGCAAAAAGUGUUAAACAAAAACAGCAGUACGCAUCUCAACCAUGUAAAAAGCCACUAGGAAGGCCAAUGUUGGUGAAGUGUGAAGGUGCUUGUGACCAAUGGUUUCAUAAAAAAUGUGUAGGGUUUCCGGCUGUUGACGAAAACGAAAUAUUUGUUUGCCCUGAUUGCCGGUCUGAUAUUCAAAAAGAAUUUUGA